AUGACGGAUUUUACUGAAGCCAACCGGCAGUAUUUCGACAAAAUGGCUACUACCUACAAAGCCCAGUUUGCCAGCUCAUUGAAAACAGUGUCUGAGCAGACACUGAAGAACCGGGAAUGGAUCAGUGACCAAUGGAUAGACACCGUCAAUCCUAACCAGGAGGUCAGGAUGCUGGAGUAUGCCUGUGGUCCGGGUAUAAUUUCCAUGACCUUAGCUCCUUUCUUGACCCAAGUCAUUGGGAUGGAUGUCUCAGGUAACAUGAUCAAAGAAUUCAACAGCAAUGCCGCUACACUCGGGCUAGCGGACAAGGUCAUUGGCCAUGAAUGCGAUCUUCUCGCGGAUACACCCUCUCCAGACUUUGCUGGACCACCUUACGUGGAUCUGGAUAUUGUCACUGUCAGUAUGGCUCUGCACCAUUUUGAGCACCCUUUUCUGGCUUUACAGCGCCUAGGGGAGCGGGUGAAACAAGGAGGCACAUGUUUUAUCAUCGAUCUGAUCCCACAACCAGAUCAUGGUCAUGACCAUGGCCACAAUCAUGCGCACAAAACUGAUUUUGGAGAAGCUUCUCAUACAGUCAAGACUCACGGGUUCUCUGAAGAGAGUAUGCGGAAGCUAUUUGAGGAAGCUGGCUUCAACAGUGAGUUCAAGUACAAAGCGAUUGAUCAACCGCUUGAAUUCAUCAAGGAUGGGAAGCCCUUUUCUAUCCGGGUUUUCUUUGCGCGCGCCCAGCGAGCAUGA